GAGAAUAUAAAAAUUGUAGUUUUGAAAUAAUGAACAACCGUGAAAGCAAAUAAGUAUCUUUAAGAUAUUUAUUAAUGUACAUGAAAUUAUUUUAUAAUAUUUAAUUUCUCGGAUUAACUGUUUAAGAACCUACAUUGAUGGAUACUCGAGACAUAACAACAAUUAAUUAUCAUGAAAACAGUAAGAGCUGCACGUACAAGCGAUCGCAUGUCUAGAUGCCUUUAAAUUUGGCGAGCGGUGUAAUAUGCCAGCGCUCUGGCAAUCCUCUCAACGACCUAUGUACAUUCGAACCGUAUGGGUCGACGGAUUCCGACAUCCAAUACUCCACUACGACGAUCCUUGCUAUAUUAAACUAAGCGCCAAGAGAAGACCCUACUCAUCAGCCAGUACCCAUAAAGCAACAACAAAAAUUCAAAGUGGUCGCCUCAGUCACCGACACGAGGACUUGGAAGACUGCUUGCGAAAGUUACGCCUUGUGAUAACAAACGAGAAAUCGUUUAAAGGCGAUCAAGAACCACGCGUGGAAAAACUAAAUCUAUCCGACGUUGAUGACUCCGAUGACGAACUGAGAAUUAAAGCGUCACCACAACAUUUAAACGAUUUCGACACUUCUAGAUUCGAUAACGUAACCAUGAAAGCCAUAAAGAGCAAUCGAACUUCCCGGACCGAUUCGAUGGAAAACACAGAAUUGUCCGAUAGAGUUCUACAAUGGCUCGAUCUAGCUGGCAAGAUAGAUCUGCUGAAAGAAGAUACUGGCGAAAGGAUGUCCCAACCGCGGCACAGCUGGCCGGAGAUACAAAAGCGGAAUUUAAUUAAAUCAAAGACGUCGGCCGAUUUGAAGGCAAAGGAGUCUAAACCGAUCGAACAGAAACUGAGUGGCCCUAUCGAUCGGAACGAAUUUAAUGUGCCAACGUCGAAUACGAUAGAGAACUACGCACGGCAGUCACGAAACGUGAAAAGCACGCUGCGACACGACACAAGGAUAAAGGAAAACAGAAGGGCCAAAGAUGUUAAGCGUAACAUAGCUGAAACUAGACAGAAAGUAGUCACCGAGAGGAACGCGGUGGAAAAACAAUACGCGGAGUUAGUUAGCAAGAAAUUGAUUCCAGAUGUGGGAAAAGUCAAAAAGCAGGUACAUAUUUUUAUGCCAGAAGCGUUGUCGAAACGAACGGAUUCCAACGUAACUAGUAGAACGCAGAGUCUACUAUCGCAGAAAAUCUAAUCAAAUAUAUAUAUUUUCUCAUAUUUUGUAAAGUCAGUAUAAAAGUUUUA